AGUCACGCGGAACUUUUAACCAGAAACGACUGUUUCUGCACGGCUACCAUUUUUGUUGCCAUCGACAUCGUCAUGGCGAGACAUCUUCGCUUCAUUGCCCGGACAGUGAUGGUUCAAGAUGGCAACGUUGAUGCAGCAUACAAACAUCUCAACAGGGUCCUGAACCAGGAUGGGAUCAUUGAGACGGUGAAGCGCAGGCGCUACUACGAGAAGCCCUGCCGAGAGCGUCAGCGGAAGAACUAUGAGAAAUGUAAACGCAUCUACGACACCGAAAUGGCCCGGAAAAUCGCCUUCGUAUCCAGGACAAACCGAACAGAUCCCUGGCUUGGUUCAUAAUGAAAUGAUGGCUGUCCAAUGAUUGUAAAUAAAGUCUGCAAAGUGGGAAAAGGAAACUCAGCCCAAUAUUUGUGUCAUUAAAUAGAGAGAUGGAAAUAAUGGGAUAUAGACCUUUGUAGUCCCACCCACUUCAUCAUGGCACUAAAUUUUGUGUGAAAAAAUCCUGUUCUUGUGAAGACGAUCCUGCCGCCAUAUUGUGUGAAUGCUGUUCAAUCUGUUGUGUCAGUGAAACAUUGGUUGCAGUAAAAGUUUCUUAUAAAAACUCA